AUGGAGGAAGAAAUUCUUGGAUUGAAUCGGCAAGAGCACCAAAUUGGUCCGUACGAUAUAAAAUAUGGGCGACACAGAGACGCCUUCAAUAAUGUUGGCAAUCGUCGUUUUCGCAUUACUAUAAGUCUAAACAUUGAACGCUACCUCGCAGCUUCUACGCGUAGAGAAAAAGCUGAAGUCAUCGGCUCCAUUAUCGAGCUGGUGGAAGGAAACGGCGGGUAUUUCCUUAAAUGGAGCGUACAGCGACAAGACUGGAUCGCUUUAAAUUCCAAGCAGGCAAGAGCGAAGGUAGGGCAUGCCAUGCGCGAUAUGAUUACCGCUCGAGAUAGCUUAGAUGCAGAAAAUGGUGCUCACUCUUUUGUCGAAUAG